GCGGGCCAGAAAGCGGCUCCACGCCGAGCCAGGCCGCCCUCCGGGGCUGAAAGGAGACGCCGGGCUCCAAGAAGCUCUUAAACCGGCUUGGAAGCAGGAUCACAGGCAGAGAAGGGGAGGAAAGUUCACGGCGGCGCGGAGAAGGCGAGAGAGAGAGAGAGAAGUCGCCCUUGGGAUUCCUUUCGGGAGGAUGAGCCUCGGAUAAAUCAUCUUUCUAUAAAAGGAAGAACAGAAAUUGAUCAGAAACAUGGAUGUGGAUGAAGAUCAGAAAAUGGAUCCAGAAAGGACUUGGGAAACUUUGAACAAUUCGGCCACCGAUCUAAAAGCAACUGGUUCAGCCACAGCAGACAAUUUUCCCCAUAUUUAUCAAAGAAUCUAUAUCGAUGAGUUUGACUCUCCUCCCAAUGCGCACUGUAAAUAUGACCUUUUCCCUCGAUGGCAUUUACCAGUGAAGAUCGUCCUGGUAUUAUCGUCGUUGACCUUUAUGUACACUUGUCUAAGGGACGUCAUCUAUCCUUUUGUGACUGCUCAAGAAAAUGUGUUUUAUAAAAUUCCAAUCCUGGUCAUCAACAAAGUCUUGCCCGUGGUUUCAAUCACCCUUUUGGCCUUGGUGUAUUUGCCGGGAAUAUUGGCCGCAGGUUUCCAGUUCUAUCAUGGGACCAAGUACAGACGUUUUCCGCAGUGGUUGGAUACAUGGAUGUUAUCCAGGAAACAGUUUGGGCUGCUCAGCUUCUUCUUUGCCUCAAUGCAUGCCUGCUACAGCUUGUGCUACCCAAUGAGGAGAUCUUACAGAUACAAACUCUUGAACUGGGCAUAUCAGCAGGUGAAGCAGAAAAAAGAAAAUGCCUGGGUUGAACAUGAUGUCUGGAGAAUGGAGAUUUAUGUGUCUCUGGGAAUUCUGGGACUUGCUCUCUUGGCUCUGCUGGCGGUAACGUCAAUCCCGUCUGUCAGCCAGUCACUGACCUGGAGGGAGUUUCAUUACAUUCAGAGCAAAAUGGGAUAUUUAGCUCUGCUGCUGUGCACUGCUCAUGCCCUGGUGUUUGCGUGGAACAAAUGGGUCGACCUAGGCCAAUUUGUAUGGUACACUCCCCCUACAUUCAUGAUAGCAGUCAUUCUUCCCAUUCUGGUUUUGUCUUGCAAAUGUAUCCUGCUUUUCCCGUGCCUCAGGAAAAGACUACAGAAGAUCAGAUCUGGCUUUGAUGCUAACACAGUGACAAGUAGGACGUCAAUAGCUUCCAGACUGUAGACUUAAGUCUGUAUAUACUUAGCAUCGAUAUGGCUUUUUUCCCUGGCCUUAAAAUGAAUAAUAGUUAUACCUGAGGCUACAGUUCUGUGCUUAUACAUGGAGUUCAAGUAUUGAACCCAACAAGGCUUUCUUCUGCGUAUACAAUCAUACUUAGGAUUAUAUUUCACAGAGGAAAAGUCAACCUGCUUUGGCCUUACUGGCGGACAAAGUAUGUUUGUCCACCAGUAAGCCUGAAAUUUGUCUCAUCUGUUUGAUUCCUGUUUUGUUCCGUCCAUUAGGAUAGCACAAAACGGAAAGGCCUCACCGGGAACGAAAAUGGACUCACAAUGAAAGGCAGGCAGGAGUGGGUACUGGCUCCAAGCCUGCUUUUCGGAUUGAUUGCCGUGCAUGCAGGCCCAAAGCUCCGGGGCCUGGCAGGGUAACGAGUACUCCUUACUCGGUGCUCAGCUGCAGGCCCUGCCAAGCCCAGGCAUGUAAGCCUAAAGCCUGCACCUGUAUGUCUGGGUGCUUUUGGCCUAUGGGUGCAGACUUUGGGCCAACAUGCCCAGGCCUGGCAGGGCCUGCAGCUGAGCACCGAGUAAUGCGUGCACUCCUUAUUGAGUAAGGAGUGCAAGUAAGGUACUUCGGGUCUACGGGUGCAGCCUUUGGGCCUACGCGCCCGGGCAUGCAGCCGAGCGAGGAGUGCUCCUUAUUCGGCACUCAGCUGCAGGCCCUGCCUGGUGUGUAGGCCCAAGCCUGCACCCUUAGGUCAAAAGCAACAGAGCCUACACGUGCAGGCUUUAGGCCUACAUCCUGGGCCUGGCAGGGCCUGCAGUCAAAUGCCAAGUAAGGCACUUUGGGUCUACAGGUGCAGCCUCUGAGCCUACGUGCCUGGGCCUGCAGCUGAGCGAGGAGUGCUCCUUACUCAGCGCUCAGCUGCAGGUCCCGCCAGGCCCAGUCAUGUAGGCCCAAAGCCUGCACCCAUAGGCCAAAAGCACCCAAAUCUACAGGUGCAGGCUUUAGGCCUACAUCCAGGGCCUGCAUCUAAAUGCCAAGUAAUGCACUUUGGGUCUACGGGUGUGUACGCACCCAGGCGUUCAGCCGAGCAUCAAGUGAGGAGUGCUCCAUACUCAGCGCUCAUCUGCAGGCCCUGCCAGGCCCGGGGACAUAGGCCAGGGCGUUUGGGGCCUACGGGUGAUGUCCAUCCGUCCACCCCCCCCCCCAAAUGGGUCAAAAGAAAACAGGUCUUUCAGCCCCGAAAACAAAAAAAACAAAUAUUUGACCUCCCAAUUUCAGGAGGCUCAGAUGAAAUGGAUCAGGUGCCCUGCAAAAGCCAAAACACAAAGCAGAUGAACUUAAGCCCCGAAUGCACAUCUCUAAUGUUUGUUUCAGUACAAACAUAAUGUGUGCAAAUGUUGAAAUGGUGAAUGUAUAAUGACGACCUUAAUGUUUCAUCAAUGUCCUAAAUGCGAUUUUCCAAUAAAAUUCCAGGCUCUUUUUUUCAAGCAGUCUAAAUUGUUAGGGAAAUAUCUGUUUUUAUAAUGGUGCAAUAUACAGACUGGUGCUAAUCCUAAAAUUUAAAUACUGAGCUGCCUUGACUAGAAAUGUCUGAAUUCAUCUGUUGGGUCAGAUGACCAAAAAGUCUCUUAUCUGAUUCCUGAUACCAUUUUUCAAAAUGCUUUUCUAAGUAUACGCCCUUUUUUGUGUGUCAGGAGCAACUUGAAAAACUGCAAUCCGCUUCUGGUGUGAGAGAAUUGGCCGUCUGCAUGGACAUUGCCCAGGGGACACACGGAUGUUUUACCAUCCUGUGGGAGACUUCUCUCAUGUCUCCGCAUGAGAAGCUGGAGCUGACAGAUGGGAGCUCACCCCGCUCCCUGGAUUCAAACUGCCGACCUUUCGGUCAGCAGUCCUGCCAGCACAAGGGUUGUGCCGCUGGGGACUCUAUGCCCAAAUGAAGAGAGAGACACACAUUAAAUCAGGAGAUUCUGGAUUUUAGGUUUGUUUGGGGUUUCCAAGUUUUAAAAAGGGGGCCUCCAGCUGAUCAUCAUUUGGAUUCUCUCGUUUUCUUGAUCUUGAGCCUCUGAUGGAGUUCUGCAUUUCUCAAAGUUACAAUGUAAACUGAAUUGUGUAAGGAAAAAUAUAAAUACAAGUACCUUUUUGUUAUAUUUGUAGAAACUUUAUUAACAUCUACUGUAUUUAAAAUAAUAAAGCAAUUUUUUUGCAUUUUUUU